AUGAAGGGGCUCCCGGUGCUGUCCCUGCUCCUUUGGCUGUGUGCGGUGUACUUUGUGGGCAUCUACCUGUUUGUGGGUGGAUUCCUGCUGGUGAGGCUGGAGGUGAACAGGACCAGCACCUGCGGGGACGUGCUGCAGCCCGGAGAGGAGCCUGGGGAUUUCUGCCGCGCCCGGCCGCGAUUCCGCAGGGCUGUGCUGCUCAUCAUUGACGCCCUUAAGAUUGACUUCGCCCGGUUUGACCCCAACAACACGGCGCCGCGACCUUACGAGAACAAGCUGCCCGUGCUGGAGGAGACGGUCUCGUUCAGGCCUUCCCACAGCCGCCUGUACCCUUUCCGUGCUGACCCGCCUACGACCACCAUGCAGAGGAUCAAGGGCUUCACCACCGGCUCCUUGCCUACCUUUGUGGAUGUGGGUAAUAACUUUGCAUCCAGUGCCAUCUUGGAGGACAACCUCAUCCAUCAGUUUGGGCAAGUGGGCAAACGUGUGGUGUUCAUGGGCGAUGACACUUGGGAGAAUCUUUUUCCUAAGAGGUUCCACCGCUCUUUGCCCUUCCCUUCUUUCAAUGUCAAAGAUCUGCACACUGUAGACAAUGGGAUCCUCCAGCACCUCUACACAACUAUGGUGGGGGAUGACUGGGAUGUCCUGGUUGCUCAUUUCCUCGGAGUGGAUCACUGUGGUCACAGGUUUGGUCCCGACCACCCGGCCAUGGCCGACAAGCUCACCCAGAUGGACGGAGUCAUCAGGUCCGUGAUGGACCGUCUGCAGAAUGACACCCUCUUGGUGGUGAUGGGAGAUCAUGGGAUGACGGACACCGGAGAUCACGGCGGAGAAAGUCAGAAGGAGACCGAUGCGGCAAUCUUCCUCUACAGUCCUUCCCCUCUGUUUCCCGCACCGCCGUCCCAGAGUGAACCCGACGUGGUGCCCCAGACAGACCUGGUGCCCACCCUGGCUCUGCUGCUGGGAGUUCCCAUCCCGUACAGCAAUGUGGGGCAGGUUCUCCUGCCUUUAUUCCCUUCUCACGGGCAGCCCAAAGACGUAGUUGGAGGUCUCAGCCAGCUGGAGGCACUGUGGAUCAAUGCAAAACAAGUCAACCGUUUCCUGGAGACUUACUCUGGCAUGGCCAAAGACAUCCCACCAGAGAGCCUGUCUCAGCUGAAGGAUGAAUUCUCCCGCCUGUCCUCUGAGUACCUCACCACGGCUAGAGAGGGUCGCUCACCCUCCCCACAGCUGGCCGCCUCCCUGCAGGCCUACCUCACCUCCGUCAGAGACACCUGCCGAGCCACCUGGGCUCGAUUCAACCCGCUCAAGAUGGCAGCCGGUUUAGCCAUCCUGGCAUUUGCCUGCUUGAUGUGCUUCAUCUUAUCUGAGCUGUCCCUGGCGCUGAUCAGGGAGAACGGCCCCGGGCUGAAAGUCCCGGUUCUGGUGGCACUAACGGCGGGGGUUUGCGUGGCCGCCGGUCAGCUGCUCACCCAGGGCUACGUGGAGGGAGCGUGGUGCCUGGCAGCGGCUGCCCUCAGCUCUGAACUGCUCUUUCUCUGGAGAGCUAGUCAAUCCAGAACCAACGCUGUGGCAAAGAACGGAUCCAAAUCUCCAAAGUGCACUAGCUGGCUGACCCCACGCCACCUCCUCGUCCCCCCUCUCUUGGUGCCGAUCCUACGCUGUGCCUCCCUGCUCUCAGACAGCUACGUGAUUGCCGAGGGCCGCGCGGUGACUUUUCUGGUGUUCUCUCUGGCGCUCUACAUUCCCAUCCAUCUCAACUGGGAUGGCCUGCUCCUACCCCCCGUCCACGACCCCCUGAAGGCUGCGGGGCUCCUGCCUUCCGCAGCUUUGCCCCCAUCAACUGUGAGGAAAGAAAGCGGCACGCUCCUAGCCUGCUUAGGUCUUCUUGUUGGCAGCCUCUACCUCUCCCUCUCCUUCCACGGCUGUCGGGAAGAACAGGGCUCCUGCCAGCCGUCCCCGUUCCUCUCGCCCCUUUCCCGGCUGCAGGACAGCCAGCUGAAGAACCUCCACUACAUCCUCUCCGUCUGCUCCCUGGGCUUGUGGACAUAUCUGCUGAGACGCUGCCUCCGCCACUACGGUAACCUCAACUCCUCAAGUGGGACGGUGUUCACGGCCCGCUGGAUCCUGCCGCUGCUGUCUGUGUGCCUGGGGCUCCACUGGGCUGUUAGCGCCACCCCAGAGGACAGCUUUAGGAAUCUAGCCGAGCUGAUCAGCCUGGCCCAGCUGGCCCUCCCUAGGGUCGCCUUCUUUCUCCUGGGGAUGGGGCUGCUGCUGAUCUGGCUAGACCCUCUCACUGUGUUCGUGAAGACCAGGGCUGCAGCUACGACCAGAGGUCCAUCCUUACCCCCGCCCCGCUACCGAGCAAGCACCGGCAUCAGCCCCCAAGCCGAGCUGCACCACCUCAUUCCCCAGAUCUACCAGCGCAUGCGUCGUUCCCUGGAGGACGGAGAGCCGAGCGGGGGUGGUGAGGUGGACAACAGACCCGCUGUGGAGGCCUACGGACUGGGAACCGUCUACUCGGCCCCUUUGCUGCUGUUUUGCGGCCUGCUGGGAAUCGGUCUGCUGCUGCUGCACCCAGAGGGCAUGGCUCUGUCUUUCCUCCUGCUGUUGCUUGAAAUGGGAGCUCUGUUGCACAUUCACGCCUCCUCCACCACCCUCAGUGGCCUGAAUGGAACAUAUACUGGUGGCUUUAAUGUUCCCUGGACUCCAGUGGUGCUGUGGUCCCUGGCUGCCACCCAGUUCUUCCAUGCUACAGGUCACCUUCCCACCUUCCCCUCCAUCCAGUGGGGCGCUGCCUUCGUGGGAUUCCCUGAUGGCCACACAGGCACACUACUGCCCGCCUCACUGGUUACCCUCAACACUUUUGCCUCGCACAUCUUGUUCGCAGUGGGUUGUCCGCUGCUGCUGUUUUGGCCUCUGGUGUGUGAGAUACGUGGCAGCAGGGGAGGAAGAGGAUGUGGGGACGAAGGAGAGGAUGCUGUGAUGGAGAUGAGACUGAGAGAAAACCCCCAGCAGUUCAGCUCCGCUCUCCUACAACUCUCAACACGCUACCUCUUCAUUCUCGGAGCACAGGUCUUUGCUUCAGUCUGUGCAGCUGCUAUCCUCAGGAGACACCUAAUGGUGUGGAAGGUUUUCGCACCCAAGUUAAUGUUUGAGGCCUCAGGGUUCGUGGUGAGCAGCGUGUCUCUGCUCAUCGGGGUCACGCUAGUGCUGAGAGUAGACGUGGCCGUGAGCAGCUGGUUUAAGAGACUCGUCCCCGAUGCAUCCAGGUAGCGACGGCGCUGCUGCUGCUGCUGCUGCUGCUGCUGCUGCUUUACCACAGAAGCCCACCAGAGCUCACUGUGCCACAGAGCAAACAGACAUGGUGGUCACUGUAAAGUUUUUAUACGGACCUCCCACAAAUAAAACAAACAUUGCCAUCUGUGUCUAGCAUAAGGAUCCCCACAAACAUGUCACGUGAGGGUACCUCUUACUCUUUUGAGGGCUAUGUUGCGUAAUGCUGACACUGGGGCUGCCUCCAUUUUCAGCCAGAGGGUCUCAAAUCUGGACUCAAAGCAUCCGGACUCACAUUGAAGAUGGGGUUAUAAUAUGAUGUGCUCGUAAACCACCUCACUACACUUUCUCUUGUGAGAGAAAAGCAGUGUCUGAAUGUUUCUCCUCAACUCCUGUUUUUCUAACUUACAGUAUGGAUGAAGCCUUCCCAGCUCUCCAAAACCACAGUCUUGCAAGCGGUUCUUAGUGCAGCAGUCAACAAGCGUCACUAAAUACAAACAACAAAAUGGCUGAUUCAACAGUUUUAAUGUUAUUGGGCGGGGGGGAAGAAAUAAAAUCUUCAGCUACCGGAUGACCAACCUGCCACCCCAUGUCUACAGCUACUUUAACAUCAACUCGCAAGCAGGUCUGCUCCAUUUGGUGAAAUCCAUCCAAGUGCAUUACAGCAUGUCUGUCAUCUAAGUGUCUGCUGGAGGAACUUUGGAGGAAAACUCCAUUUUCUUUUGUAUGUUUUUGUAUUUUCAAGAUGUUGAAAUAACCAGUGUGUCUGGUAACUGCCAAUUCAUAAAGUAUUACUGUGCAGUUAGGCUUUCCUUCACACACUUUUGGGUCUUUUUUUCUUAUUUUUUUAGGGUUCUGAUUCCUAACUCUAAUGCCUAUUUAUAAUUAUGAUUUUUUUAAAUCACUGAUUCGUUUUUUUAAUCUCAAAUGAAACUUUUGUCUCAAUUAGGCCUCGUACACCUUUUCCCCCCUGGAAUAGGUGCUUUAAAGUAAUGCCUUUUUUUUGUCUAUGAUGUCAUUAAGUUAACAGGGUCAUUAAAUCCAGGACCUCCAGAAACACUGUCAGUUCAUUUAUUUCUGCAGGACGUCUGAGUCAGUGUAAGAUCUGUUACUGUUGUGCAGCUGUAGUCAGCAGCUGAAGCUCAUUAGCUAAUGCAUGAUAUGGAAGGGGAGGCUGAGCUCAGGUUGAAUUAGCUCCAGUGCAAUUGUACUGCAUUUCUCAGGCUGUUGUACGGGAGUGACUGGUCAUCUAGAGCGGCUGCUGACAUCAGCCCAAGUGAUGGUUUGGCUAGGUUGUAUGAUAAAGAGACACCUUUUUUUUUGUUCUAAAAUGUUUAAUAUAUAAAUAACUGAUUAAUUAAAAUGAUUUUACAUUCUGUGAAAAAAAUGGAAUAAAA